GAACCCGCACUUCAACGUGACCUGGGAACACUUUGGUCUCUGCGGAGGCUCUUAUUAUCGCACGGAGGCAGUGUUGGAUGCAUUCCGGCCGGAGCACGUCCUGGGCAUCGACUGGCGCCGCCUGCGGGAACACGAGGGCGUGGAUAAGACCAUGAGCAGCGACUUUGCCAUGGCUGUGGCUCUGGCAGCCCGAGGUUGGACCGUGUACCCAUGGGAGGAGAGCGCACAGAAGUUCUCCGACGUUCCCAGCGCCGCGGCGGCGCUGGCGAAGUUCAAGGCCCAGUGGCCCGCGCUGAAUCCGCGGGCGGCCUUCCAGCACAACCACAAGGAGCUGUACCACGCGCAGAUCUCCGCUGCAGAUCGUGCGCUGUGCGCGACCUUCGCAGACCGUCCGCCGGAUACAACCUGCCACGGCUGCGUCUGGUACCAGGAUGGGCUGCCGGAGUCGAGGCUGCCCAUCCCCAGUGAGCCACCCGAGCUUCAAGGCGCUCUGAGCUUCGACUUUGCUGGAGCUCCUGUAGAACGGCCUGUUCAUCGCGCGGAGCCUGUGUCUCUGCUGCUCCACCCGGACUACCUCCUCAAUGCCGGCAGCGAAGGUUUGCCCAAGGCCGAGGGUCCCCGGCCUUCCUGGCUCCUCAGGGAGGACCUCUUGGUGGUCGAUGCGCGGCGGGAGGCACACGGAGGCAUGUUGAUUGUGCAGCCGGUCUUUAUGGAAGCAGGGCCACUCUGGGGCGCUUCCUCGGCCCCUGCACGGCCCCGGUGGUUGCGUGCGAUCCUCGCCACGAACCGGCACCAUGCCCGGAAGCAUGGCCUGUGCCUCGUGAUCAGGUGGCUGCCGAGCAAGCCGCAGCUGCAGGCAUGGCAGCAGCAGCAGUGCGGAGAGCUUUCCGAGAAGGAAUGCACGAAGCGGAACGAGCGUGAGAAUUUCAAUUGGGAGAAGCACCGCAUGCUGCAGGAGUACCUCCUGAGCCCGCAGAACUUCAGCCAUGUCCUGCUCCUGGAUGCAGAUGCUGCCAUCAUCCGUCACGAGCGCAACGUCUUGGGGGACAUGGCCGCGAUGCUCGACAGGGAGGGCCGAGAUGUGCUCUUCACGGAUGAAGACUGGCUUCUCCAUGGGGCAGGGAGGAUCAAUGGGGGGGUGAUCUUGGCCAAGGGCAGCAGCUGGUCGCAGGAUUUCUUCCGCGACACGGUGGAGGCGCACGAGCUCGGCCCUCUGGGCCUCAAGCGCUGGCGCGUGGGCGUCCAGGACCACCAGUGCAGCAGCAACGAACAGAUCUGCCUCAACGACGUCAUUGGCCUGGAGCCGCUGAAGAAGCGAACCAUGCUGGCGAGCGGCAUCUCCUUCAAUCGCGGCGGCUGCACGGUGAGAAGCUGCGGAGAGCCCGUGAGCGAUCCAUCCAUGGUACAGCUUGGCAUGGAGGAUGCGCGGCUUCAGAUCCUUCACUUUAUGGGGGAUCACACCUUAGCGGACAAAGUCCUAUGCGACGGGCACAUUGACUACACCGGCGAGGGCGCGAACGGAUUUGGAUGCAGCAUGAUCGGGUCACUGUUCGCCCUGAACUCCUCGACUGCCGAGCCUCCGUUGUCCUGGACCUUCCAAUGCUGCUGA